AUGUCGCGUAACGAACGUUAUCAGGACGAUAUAAUGUACAUCACCUACUUGACGCGCAACAUUCUACAAAUGCUCGGAGUGUGGCCGUCCUUCGGUGAGAGAUCAAUCGGCGAGAGAGUGUGCAAGAUUUUGUUGAUUUUAAUUUCGUACGUUCUUCUUUACUGCGUUCUGAUUCCCGGCGCUCUCUUCUGGCUGUUUGAGAAGAGAAUGCGCGUCAAAAUUCAAACGACGCCUCUGCUCGUUUUCGGUUUCAUGGCCAUCGGCAAAUAUGUUAACUUAGUGCUGCGCGAGGAUCAGGUCAAGAGCUGCCUGAAGCACAUCGAGGAGGACUGGAGAAACGUCAGAAGCGUAAACUCGCGAGACACAAUGAUGCAAUACGCGAGAACCGGAAGACGCUUGAUCACGCUUUGCGCGACCUUCAUGUACAGCAGCGGGCUCUCCUUCCGAUCGAUCCUGCCGUUUGUCAAAGGAAAAAUCGUCACAGCGCAGAACAUCACGAUCAAGCCCUUACCGUGUCCGGGAUAUUUUUUUUCUAUCAACGCGCAAGUCAGUCCUAUUUACGAGACGAUUUUUGCGUUGCAGUUUGUAUCGGGUUUGGUCACUUUUUCGAUUACGACGGGUGUGUGCGGCCUUGUAAUCAUUUUUGUAAUGCACGCUUGCGGACAAUUACGAAUUCUGAUAGGUCUGAUGAGAAAUCUCGCCGAUGAACAGUGGCAUGAAACAGAACAUGAACAGAACAUGAACAGAAAGUUGGCCGACAUGGUGGAACAUCAGAUAAGAAUACGAAAUUUUUUGCGACUGGUGGAACAUACUUUGCAACAAAUGUGUUUGAUAGAAUUGAUGGGGUGUACAACAAUCGUCUGCAUUUUAGGAUAUUGCAUAAUAGUGGAAUCGGAAAACAGCAAUCCAAUAGCCAUAUGCAGUUAUUUGAUGUCGCUUAUAUCUAUGAUGAUAAAUAUGUUCAUGUUUUGUUACACCGGUGAACAGCUUACCAUUCAGGCGGAGAAAGUAGCUACUACAUCGUGCGAGCUUAAAUGGUAUCGUCUUCCGGAUAAGAAAGCGCGAGGGAUUGUGCUGGUGAUAAUCAUGUCGAACUUACCUACUAAAGUCACCGCCGGGAAAAUCAUGGACUUGUCGUACAAAACAUACGGUGAUGUUGUUAAGACAGCUGUGACAUAUUUUAAUAUGCUCCGAAAUAUAACUGAAUAA